AUGCUCUCCUCCCCUUUUACCGCCAUCUCAGAACUCAAAGCGCUCACCGCCCUCAUUCGUUCUACUCUUCACUCCACUCAUCUUCUCCAAAUCCUCGCCCGCGUCUUCCACCUUGGUGCCCACCAGAACAACUUCCUUGUAACUGUUCUCAUCGGCCGCCUCCGCCUCCCGGAGCAGGUUAUCAACCUCCUCCGCCUCCUUCACCGCCCCAAUAUUCUACCUUUCAAUGCUUCCAUCCGCAUCCUCUCUGAUUCCUCCCCCUCUAAAGCUGUCUCUCUCUUCCUUUCCCUCAAACACCUCUCUCUAUCCCCCAACGACUUCACCUUCUCCGAACUGUUUAGAGCUUGUUCUUUCUCCAGAAAUGCUUUCCAUGUUUUCCAACUCCAUGCUCAAGUAACUAAGUCGAGGUAUAGUUCUGAUCCUUUUGUAUGUAAUGCUCUUUUGUCAGCAUAUGCGAAGGGUGUUGGGCUUCUGGCUUAUGCCCGCAAGUUGUUUGAUGAAAUGCCAGAAAAAGGAAUGGUCUGUCGUUGGACAUGUUUAAUUGCAGGCCAUGCACAGUUCGGCGAUGGAGAGGAUGCUAUCUCACUUUUCAUUGAUAUGAUUGAGGAGAAUUUCAUACCAGAAGAUGAUGCCAUGGUAAGUGUUCUAUCUGCCUGCUCUAGUCUGGAGGGCGCAAAGGCCCAUAAAUGGCUGAGAAUUGUCGAAGAAUACAGUAACAAGGAUUCUGCUAUCAUAGUUCUUAUAUACCUCUAUGGGAAACUGGGCAGAGUUGAGGAAAGCAGGGACUUGUUUGAAAAGAUGAGGAAGAGAGAAAGUGGGAGAGUGAGUAUUGUGGCUUGGAACGCCAUGAUCACUAGCCAUGUCCAGAAUGGUGAGCCCAUUGAAGCUUUGAAUAUUUUUCACUGUAUGCUUAGUCAUUCUACUCCAAAGCCUAAUCAUGUUACCAUUGCCAGCAUCCUAUCGGCUUGCGCUGUGGUGGGUGAUCUAAAUCUUGGAAGAUGGGCUCAUGAAUACAUGAAGUUUAGUGGUGGCCAUGGAAUCUUACAGUCUAACAAGAUUCUAGGGACCGCCUUUAUAGACAUGUACUGCAAGUGUGGAAGCUUAAAGGAGGCGAAACAGGUCUUUGAUAGAAUGGUUUUGAAAGAUGUGGUCUCCUUUAAUGCCAUGAUCAUGGGGCUUGCCAUUAAUGGUGAAGAAAUGGUGGCUUUGAGGGUCUUCUCUGACAUGGAAAAGCUAAAUAUAGUGCCCAAUGAUGGAUCAUUUUUAGGUUUAUUGUGUGCUUGCACUCAUUCAGGUAUGGUGGAUGAAGGGCGUUUGAUUUUCACUGAUAUGCAAAGGAAAUACUCUAUCAGUCCUAAGCUAGAGCACUAUGCUUGCUUCACUAAUCUCUUAGCUCGGGCCGGUUUUAUUGAAGAGGCUCUUGAAGUUGUAAAGACCAUGCCAAUUGAGCCUAAUGGCCUUGUGUGGGGAUCUUUGCUUGGGGCUUGCUUGGUUCAUUUCAAGGUGGAUGUUGCUCAUGAAGUUGCUCGAAGAUUCUUCGAUGCAGAUUCGGAGAACUCUGCUGGCUAUGUCAUGCUUUCUAAUGUUUAUGCUGUUGAUCGGAAUUGGGAAGAUAUUGAGGAGCUAAGAAGAUUGAUGAAGGUGAGAGGUGUGAGAAAGCAACGAGGCUGCAGCUGGAUUAGCAUCAAUGGGACCUUGCAUGAGUUCCAUGCUGGAUGCUCUUUACGCUCUCAAAUGGAGAUGAUAUAUUGUAUGUUGAAUUCCUUGUCUGGGGAACUGAGGUCAUUUUGUUAG